CUUUUGUUUGCUGGAUGCCAAGGGUGAAUACGUUCAUGGUUAAACAUCAUAAUGUGUGGUAGAUAACCAUUGAAUUGCUCAAAAAGGGGUAGCAUCCUGCUACCUCCGGUUUCAGUCAAAAAGAAUUGCUCAAAAAGAAAAUCCCCCAUUCUUCUCCAAAUGAACCCAAAGCUAUCCUUGGUUCUGGUGAUAUGCAUGCUUGCGGGAAUCACAGCAAAAAAAUAUGAUGAAUUCACAUACAACGGAUUCAGAAGGAGUGAGUUAUACCUUGAUGGCAUGGCAGAGAUCACACUCAAUGGCCUUCUGAGAUUAACCAACACUACAAGGAGCCAGCGAGGACAUGCAUUCCACAAAGUGCCACUGCAUUUGAAGAACUCCUCGGACGGUAACGUCUACUCUUUCUCUACUUGCUUCGUUUUUGCAAUACUCACCGAAUAUCCUGGUGUGAGUGGCGAUGGACUUGCACUUGUGCUCUCGCCAACCAGGGAGCUCGCUGGGGCUCUGCCCAAACAAUUCCUUGGUCUCUUCAACUCUACCAACGAUGGCAAUUCUGCAAAUCAUGUCCUUGCUAUUGAGCUUGACACCAUCCUUAAUGUGGACUUUGGAGAUAUCAACAACAACCAUGUCGGAAUUGAUGUCAAUGGAUUGAGGUCGAUAAAUGCUGCGACAGCAUCAUAUUUCAUUGAAAACAUUGGUGAGUUUAAGAACCUCAGCCUUAUAAGCGGGGAACCUAUGCAGGUAUGGGUAGAUUACAGCAAUCUAGAGAAGAAGCUAAAUGUAACAAUAUCCCCCAUUAGUGUGCCCAAACCAAGCCAUCCAUUGUUGUCUUCUUUCAUUGAUCUCUCCUCCGUAAUAUCAGACACCAUGUAUAUCGGCUUCUCUGCUUCUACGGGCUCCAGUGUACCAUCCAGUUAUGUUCUGGGUUGGAGCUUUAAGAUGAAUGGGCAGGCGGCUGCCCUCAACCUGUCCAGCCUUCCUUCACUUCCUUUGAAAAAAAAGGAUGGUAGAAAACAAACAUCUUUGAUAAUUUGGCUGUCCUUAGGAAUAGUGGUGUUCAUAACCAUAACUGCCUUCAGUAUUGCUUACAUAAUAAGAAGAAAGGCAAGAUAUGCUGAAGUUCUUGAAGAGUGGGAGCUGGAACAUAGAACUCAUAGAUUCUCAUACAAAGAACUAUUCAAGGCUACCAAAGGCUUUCGAGAGGAAAAUCUUUUGGGAGUUGGCGGUUUUGGAAGAGUUUACAAAGGCAAGCUACCCACCUCAAAAACUGAAAUUGCAGUGAAGAGGAUAUCUCAUGAUUCUAGGCAAGGAAUGAGGGAGUUUGUUGGGGAGAUCGCAAGUCACAGUCAACUCCGUCACCGCAAUUUGGUACAACUUCUUGGCUAUAGUCGUAGGAAAGGGGAAGUCCUUUUGGUCUAUGAGUUCAUGUGCAAUGGUAGUCUUGACAAGUUCCUCUAUGAUGCAAACAAGCCAACAACACUUAGCUGGAGUCAGAGACUAAACAUUAUCAGAGGUGUGGCUUCAGGUUUGCUCUAUUUGCAUGAAGGGUGGGUGCAGAUUGUUGUACACAGAGAUAUAAAAGCAAGCAAUGUCUUAUUGGACGCUGAAAUGAAUGGAAAGUUGGGAGACUUCGGACUAUCAAGAUUGUAUGAUCAUGGCAGCGAUCCCCAAAUCAGUCAUGUGGAGGGAACUUUUGGUUAUAUUGCUCCAGAGCUCACUAAAACAGGCAAGGCAACCACCAGCACUGAUGUCUUCGCCUUCGGCGUUUUCAUACUUGAGGUUGUCUGUGGAAGGAGGCCAAUAAUGCAACAACAAUCUCUGGAUCUUCAUUUGGUGGAAUGGGUUUGGAGGAGUUGGAAGAAUGGAGUAAUUCUAGAGGUUACAGAUGCAAGACUGGGAGGUGAUUAUGAUCUGGGGGAAGUGGAAUUGAUCUUAAAGAUUGGAUUGCUUUGUUCACAUCCUGUAGUUGCAUCCAGACCAACCAUGCGCCAAGUGAUGCAGUUGUUGGAUGGUGAUCUUUCACUGCCUGAAAUACCCAAGUAUGGGAGUGGCAUCAGCUGAAGAAUUAGAACAAUCAUAAUAUCAUAAGUGUCAGUUGUAAACUGUUCCAUCCACCGGCAAAGAGCCGAUCCUCUUUGAAGGUUGUUGCUUUGCUUGGAUUUAGUUAACUAGUGGAAUUUGAAUGUAAGUAUCUUAUUUUAUCAUUUCCA